AUGCAGGGGGAGCAGGGUGCGCACAGCCGGGAGCAGGGCGCUCACGGGGGGUUCGGGGUGCGCGCAGCAGGUGCAGGGUGCGUGGAGCAAGAGCAGCGCCCGUGUCUCCGGCCGGGGCCGGCGCGGUGCGGUGGGGGAGCGGUGCGGUACGAACGGGAGCGGUGCGGUAAGGGAGCGGUGCGGGAGCGGUGCAGAACGGGAGCGGUGUGCGUGGAGCAAGAGCAGCGCCCGUGUCUCCGGCCGGGGCCGGCGCGGUGCGGUGCGGGAGCGGUACGGGAGCGGUGCAGGAGCGGUGUGGGGCGGGAGCAGUGCGGUGCGGUGCAGAACGGGAGCGGUGCGGUACGGAACGGGAGCGGUGCGGUGGGGGAGCGGUGCGGGAGCGGUGCGGUGCGGUACGGGAGCGGUGCGGGAGCGGCGCGCUGCGGUGCGGAACGGGAGCGCCUCAGCAGGAAGUUCCAGAGUCUACAGCUGGAGCGGGAAACGUGUUUGGCUUCAAACUGCACCCAGGCCAAGGUGAAUCUGUCCCUGCGCCCGCGGCUGGAGGAUGGGAAGGCUUCCCUGGCCAUCAAGUACCAGGAGCUGCAGGAGAUCCGAGAGGCUUGCUGGGACAAGCAGCAGCGCCUGGAGGUUUACCUGGAGAAGUGGAGCCCACAGAGUGCCCUGGGCCAGCUCCAAGCCAAGCUUGAUGCCUCCGAAGCAGAGUCAGAGGCACAGAUAAAGCAGUUCCUGGCCCAGGACCUGCCCCUCGAGUCCUUUCUGGAGUCCUUCUGCCAGAGCCGCACACGCUCCCACGUCUGCCGGACACAGCUGGAGAAACUGCAGGAGCUGCUGCAGAAGGACCAGCUGCAGAAGGACCAGGUGGGCAGGGACCCCAUGGGCCCUGCGGGGUCCCCAGGUGCCCCAGCUAGCAUGGCACCAGCCCGCCUUGCCCCCUUGCAGAGUGGAGUGGCCCCCAAAGCCUUUGAGCUGUCCUACGGCUUUGUGCCUGCCUUCCUCGUCCCCUCGGAGGCUGCUGUGCCCUUUCCCGUGCCGGCUGCACCUCCCAAGCACCAUCUGCCAGCCCUGGCACAGCAGCCGGCAUCUCCCGGCUCCGAGGUGCCCAGCCCGGGCUCUCCCCUGCGCCUCGUUGGACACAUCCCGGUGCUCAGCCCCCAGCCCGGCCGCGGGCAGCAGCAGCACCGGGAGCAGGAGCCUCCGCACCGGUAGCGCGGCAGGGCGGGCACGGCCCUGCUCCUGCAUCCCCCGGGGCUGGGCAGCAGCACCGAGGGGCGGGGGUGCUGUAGGCACGGCUCCGAAGGGUCUGGGGGUGCUCUCAGAGGGAUGGAGGUGGGGCCGGUGCCAUGGCUGGGUAGGGGUCCUGCAUUUGGGGAGGUCUCUGCAUCCACAGCAGGAGGAACGGGAUGGAAGUGGGAGUGGGUGGCUCAUAGGGAUGUCAGUGGGCUUAGCUGGGAGGGAGAGCAGGGAAAAGGCACAGGAGCACUGGGUGUGCC